GUGACCGUGGAGCCCCUAUCCGGGGUGCACGAGGGCGUGUCCAUCAUCAGUCUGAGCCGCCCCGCUGCGCGCAACGCCAUUGGUCGGCAACUGCUUCGCGAGCUGGCUGAGGCUCUGGAUACUGUGCGCCAGGAGCGGACCACUCGGUGUGUGCUGGUGCGCAGCGUGGUGCCAGGUGUGUUCUGUGCGGGCGCCGACCUGAAGGAGCGGGCCACCAUGAGCCAGAGUGAGGCGGCCGAGUUCGUGUCCAGGAUCCGCCGCACGUUCACGGAGCUGCAGGACCUGCCCAUGCCUACACUGGCUGUCGUGGAGGGCCUAGCGCUCGGAGGCGGUGCGGAGCUGGCACUGGCGUGUGACAUCCGGGUGAUGGGCUCGGGGGCGUCCAUGGCUUUCCCGGAGGCCCAGCUGGGCAUCAUACCGGGCGCGGGGGGUACACAGCGGCUCCCCCGCCUGGUGGGCGCCAGUCGUGCCAAGGAGCUCAUCUUCACGGGCCGCCGGGUGACUGCUGCGGAGGCUCUGGACAUGCGGCUGGCGGAACACGUGGUGCCGGAUGACCAGGUCGGAGGGGUGUACAACCGGGCGCUGCAGCUGGCGGAGCAAAUGGUGCGCAGCGCACCCCUAUCCCUGCGGCAAGCCAAGGUGGCCGUCAACCGGGGUCUGGAGGUGGACCUGCACACGGGGCUGGCCAUGGAGGAGGCGCUGUACGCGCAGCUGCUACCCACUCGGGACCGACUGGAGGGACUCAAGGCCUUUGCGGAGAAGCGCAAGCCGGACUACAAGGGAGAGUGA